AUGGAGAUGGUUGUAUCUGCAGUUGCAGGUGACCUGAUUAACCGAUUGAUGUCCUUCUUGAUCAGCAAGUACAAAAGUGAAGAGCAGUUAGAGGAGAAGAUGAAAAGGCUGCAAGAUCUACUGAUUAGAGCCCAUAUGAUCGUCGAGGAGGCUGAGGUGCGAUAUAUCACCAACUCAAAGAUGCUACUUCAGCUGAAGAAGCUUGUGGAGGUCAUGUACCAAGGCUACCACGUUCUGGACACCAUCAAGUAUAGGACUCUCUGCAGCUCAAGCGCUGAUGAAAGUGAGGUUAGCAGUUCCAAUAUCAAUGAAUUAUCCUUCACCACUUGCAUUGAACACCUUUGUACAAAGAAUUGCACUCCCAAUAUUCAUGGGCUUCAAAUUACAUUGGAUAAUCUUGAAUCAACUAUUUCUAAUAUGAAAGAGUUUGUGCUACUUCUUGGGGGAUGCGAGCGCAUGUUCCGUAGACCCUAUGACUCAUAUGUUUACAUCGAUAACUUCAUGUUUGGUCGUCAUGUCGAAAAGCAGCUGGUCAUCAAUAUCUUGCAGCAAGAAAAUAUCCCUCCCUUCGCUCCGGCCGUUCUCCCAAUCAUAGGGGGUAGUAGAGUGGGCAAGAAAACCCUAGUUGCACAUGUGUGCAAUAAUGAGAAAGUCAGGUCAAAAUUCUCGUCAAUCUUGCAUGUCAGGGGUGAAAACAUCUGGAGAAUAGCGCGUGAAGUAGGACCAGUGAGGUCCUUGGUAAUGGUUGAGUUUACCACAGAUGUGGAUGAAGAGGAUUGGUUGAAGUUCUAUUCAUCAGUAAAGCAGAUGGGAAGAGGAAGCAAGAUCAUAAUCAUAAGUAAGAUUGCAAAAUUAUCGAGGUUUGGGACGGUAAAGCCGGUUCGUCUUGAUGCCUUGUCCCAUGAGGAGUAUAGCUACCUCUUUAAGGUUCUUGCAUUUGGAGGUACAAACCCUGAAGAACACCCUCAGUUGGCAGUUAUAGCUGAAGAUCUAGCGGUAGCUUUGGGAGGGUCACUCAUCACAGCAAACGUAUGUGCUGAUAUGAUGAGGAAAAAUCAAAAUGUUCACUUCUGGAUCAGCAUAUUUAAAAAUUAUAGGAAUGUGGUGCGGAAGAGCUUCUCGGUGUUUCGUGAGCAUCCAAAGAACCUUAUGGACCAAGAUCAUCCUAUAGACAUAACCAGACUUGCAUCAUCAUCAUGGGCAUUGCCAUCAUCUGCUACAUUUCGCCUAAUGCCUCCUCAUACUGAAGUUGACGAUUCCAAAACUGAAUUGCCGAAGGUGAUGGUUGGAGAUCUGAUUGCUGGCUCAGCUAUUCUGCCGAGGGAGGAGUUUGAACUAGUCUCGUGGGAAUCGCGGAUACCCCCUUACAAAAGGUUUGUAAACUUUGCUACGUGCUGUGAUGAGGAGCCGAUCUCUCAGCAUCAUACAGCAUCAGCUGGCAAGAAGCGCAAACGAUUAGAUAAGUAA